AUGGCUCUCGUCUCCAAAGCGAAGGGUAUCGCAGAUACGCUGCAGCUUGCCGGCCAUCGCAUAUCUCCAGUGGAGUUCAAUGCCAUAAUCUUUCGCAAGAUCGGUUCCGAAUUUAAUGGUAUCAUCGGUGCUUUGCAGCAGCGAUCCGAAACCCCCUCCUAUCAAGAUCUUCUUGGACAAUUAGUUUCGUACGAGGUGCUUCUUCACGCCCAACAGCCGGUUCUUCAGCCGACGGCCAUGCUUGUGCAGUUGACAUCUUCUCCUACGCCGCCUCAAUCCUCUCGUGCCGGUCGCUCGCAACGCGGCGGUCGGCGCAAUCAGUUUUCUGGUCGUGGUGGUGAGACGUGUCAGCUUUGCGGCAUCUUGAAUCACACGGCCGCCACUUGCCGACGCCGCUUUGAUGCUAAUUUUGUUCCUCGACCCCCUGCCAUUCGGUCGGCUGCUUAUGCCCAGGCAGUUUCUCUUACACAGCAUUCGGCUGGUUUGUUGCCUCCUCCGUCUUACCCGGAGUCGACUAUGUCUCCUCAAGCUCAUAUGGCGCAUUAUAAAGAUGCCAAGAAAAUAGAGGCAGCAGCUGAACCUUGCAAAACCGCACCAAAAGGGCAUUUUGUUGUGUACGUGGGAAGCAAUAUGAGUAGGUUUGUCAUUCCAACAUCUUUCUUGAAGAGGCCCUCUUUCAAAGAGUUGCUUGUUAAGGCUGUUGAAGAAUAUGGUCAUCAUAAAACUAGUAAAAUUGUGCUCCCUUGUGAAGAAUCUCACUUCCAAGUACUCAUCAACCUCUUGGCUGAAACCUAG